AUGCUGGCCAAGACGCAAUACUCUGCCGGUCCCUUAGGGGUGCCAACGCCGGUGACUGCCUAUCACACAAGCUCCGCGCGACCAGGGACAGCGACCAGACUGGAUGGAUUUGGGUUUGCGAGCCCAACGAAGUCGGAUUUCUCCGAGGGUCAAGAUGAACUUACGACUAUUCGAGCGUGGGAUGAGAAGAAAGUUGUCGCUUGGCUGCAUAGCAUCAAAUGUGGCCAUUAUGAAUCAGUCUUCAGAGCCAAUCAUUUUACCGGUGAUAACCUCGUUGAUUGCGACCAAAAGAUAUUACAAGAGAUGGGCAUCAAGAAAGUGGGCGAUCGAGUACGGAUUUUUAUCGCAAUAAAACAACUUCGGAACAAGGCUAUCGUCAACCCCAGACAGAAAAAUAUUAAUAAACUAGCUGCGUUGGAGGCAGCAGCCUUAUCCACGGAACCCUCGCGCUUCUCAGGUUUCCCAACUUUCGGCAAUCGACGAAUGUCCCAACUGGCGGAAGAAUUUGGCAAAUCGUCUCCUGGGGUAUCUCCUUCAGACUCUGAUAGGUGGCGUAAAGACUAUCUUAAUCAACCAUCAUCAGGCAGCUCAGGAAACGGUCGCAAUUCUAGCAUGGCGAAUGAUGGCUCGAGCCGAGGCAGCAAUCACCCUCGCAACCCUAGUCUUGAUGCUUUAACAAUGGGACCGCUUCCACCUAACUCGCCAGUAAUUCGGGUUAUCUACACAGGAGGACAGACCAAGGUCUUGGAUAUUCGACAUUGCAAAACACCAGAUGAGGUGAUGGUCGGCGUUCUCAAAAAGUUACAACUUCCAGAACACCAGUACAGGAACUAUUGCUUCUACGUUUUGGAUGGCUUAGACCCGGAUCUUGCGAACUGCAGAAGACUGGCAGAAAGUGAGCUUAUGGAGAUAUGUGAAGGAGUCUCAAAGUCUGAGCGCGGUCGUUUGAUUUUGAGGAAAAUUCAUGCUGGAGAGCCCGACGACGACGAACUUCGGCGAGCAUCGCAGCUGGCUGUGGAUGAAAGCUCCGUUACACACCAGAUUGCUUUGAACAAAUCCAGUCGACGUCAACAAAAUAAGAUUCAACAACUUACAGGCGAAUCUUGGCAGGUCAUUAAUACCAAACAGCCUGUUUCUCCAAUGGGCUCUCGCCAUCGCCAUACUCCUUCUGCUGAGCAGGAUCAAAUGUCUCCAAAUGAUCAGCGUAACCCAGUAGCUAAGCUGCGUUCAUUCUUCGGCCAACGACCUCCAAGUGAGAUGAUUAUUCACGAGCUCCCAUCUUUCUUCCCAAGUCACGACAAGCAAGAUAUCGAAAAGACAAUGCGAAGAUCUCAACGUCUUAGCCGCGCAGCAAGUCGUCUCAGUGUUGUCAGUAAUUAUAGCAUUGCGUCAAGCCUUAAAGAUGCACCUCCGCUACCACCUUUACCUUCAAUACCUCCUAUACCGCCCAUGCCUAACAUUGCCGAUGCUUGGCUUCAGCACCAGGGUCAAGGCCAGGGCCAGGGUGGGAUACCGGCAGCUCGCGCACGGCCAGUUUCAGUGUCCAAGUUCAAUCUACCCCAGGCUUCAUACCGAGACUCUAUCGCAUCGACCACACUUCAACCUCUUCAAGAAGAGUCUCCAACUACAACAGAGCCCAAUCGCAAGUCCUAUGUGUCGCUUGAUAGUGGGUCGGAUGAUGCAAUUCCUUCGCCCCAGAGCACAACUGGGGAGAGUGUUAGUGUUGCCACAAUUGAUGGCGAUGACGAUGACGAUGAGGAUGACGAUGCCGAUACCGACGGCUUUAAUAAUAGAAUGAGUGUGAUGGUUGCUGAAGACGAUGACGAAGAGGAUCCAGGUCUUACCGAUUUCUUAGCUGGAAAUAAUUUCGCGCCCGCAAACUGGAUGAAGGGUUCCCUGAUCGGUGAGGGUUCUUUUGGAAGCGUGUUCCUUGCUCUGCAUGCUAUUACCGGUGAGCUUAUGGCUGUGAAGCAAGUCGAAAUUCCUUCUGCUACAAAGGGAACGGAGUUCGAUCAGCGUAAAAACACCAUGGUCACUGCUCUGAAGCACGAGAUUGAGCUUCUGCAGGGUAUGCACCACCCGAACAUUGUGCAGUACCUCGGCACAGCUGCCGAUGAUUCACAUCUAAACAUUUUCCUGGAGUAUGUGCCAGGUGGUUCCAUUGCUACAAUGCUGAAGCAAUAUAACACUUUCCAAGAGCCGCUGGUGAAGAACUUCGUUCGACAGAUCCUGGCUGGUCUGUCCUACUUGCAUAGCAAAGAUAUCAUUCACCGUGAUAUCAAGGGCGCCAACAUCCUCGUUGAUAAUAAGGGUGGUGUUAAGAUCUCUGAUUUCGGUAUUUCCAAACGUGUUGAGGCAUCCCAUGUUCUUGGCUCUCGUGCUAGCAGUGGCGGAGGUGGUCAUAUCAAUCGCCCAUCUCUCCAGGGCAGUGUCUACUGGAUGGCGCCUGAAGUCGUGCGACAGACUGCCCACACCAAGAAGGCUGAUAUCUGGAGUUUGGGAUGUCUGGUUGUCGAGAUGUUCAUUGGCGCCCAUCCCUUCCCCGAUUGCAGUCAACUUCAGGCCAUUUUCGCUAUUGGCAGUAACAAGGCCCGUCCUCCAGCUCCAGAACAUGUGAGCCAGGAUGCCAAGGAAUUCCUGGAUAUGACUUUCCAUCUUGAUUAUGAACAGCGUCCCAGCGCUGACGAGCUUCUGAAAUGCAAGUUCUUGGCCAUGCCUAAACUUGGAUGA